AUGGCCGAAAUCUUUGGAAUUGUGACAGGAGUCCUUGGGCUUUUGCCUCUCUGCCGCGAUGGCUUCGCAAUGAUUAAAGAUAUAUUCGAUGCUCCUGCAACUCUCGGUCUGGCAGUAGGAAGACUCGAACUCCAACUAGAUAGAUUCGAUGAGUGGCGAGAAAUUUGGCGGAACGAUGAAGGCGAGAAAGACUUGAAGUUUGAAGUAUAUGCUAAGAGUAAUCCUGCUGCUGGAAGGAGAGUCAUGCGCCAGUUGGCCUUGCUUUCGCAGGCUUUGUUUGACUCGAGAGCUUUGGAGGAGCAAUACGGCAUCAAGCCGGAUCGGUCAAAUCGUGACGCGAAAGAUCUCACGCAGUUUAGGCUCAAAAGCGGACAAGAUCUGACAAUCGAAAGCCAAAGUUCGUUCCUAGAACGAUGCAGAAUUAACAUGUCCUUUAUCAGGAAAUGCAAAUUCGUCUUUAGGAAAAAAGAUACGGCAUGGAUCAAUCUCAUCGAUCUGUUGAAAGAGUACAACGAAAACCUUGCCACUUAUGGACCUAAAUUCGACUUGGCGAGGAUGCUUAAAGGCGAGUUUGAAGUUUUGAGGAAGCUGCACCUGGAAGAUUUGAAGCGAUUGGCGGAAGCGUCGGCCUACGAGGCUAAGCAUUCAGCUCCUGAUAAUAGCAAUGCAUCUAGGUAUCAUGAUCUCUCUCUCGCGGCUCAAUUCAGCGCCGUUGUCAAGUACGAAAGACCGCAUGCAGCAUUCAAAUUUUCGAUGCGCGAUUUCAGACUCGAUCCCGCAUACAUUCUCUCAUCCUCCGGGUCGUCAUCAAUGGCAUUAUUGUUUGAUUAUCCGGUGCGAAAGGAACAUCGAGUUGUACUCAUAGAGUGGAUUGAUGACCUUGAUGAAGACCAGGAAAGGGACACAAGAAUCAAGACACUCAUGCUUGCGACCCCAAAGCCUGGAGAAUUACUGCUCCCGACUUGCUACGGCAUGGUCGAAGAUCCCUUCACCAGGCGAUUUGGCUUGGUUCUCGCACCUCCUGCACAUAUCCGCUCCAACUUGCCCCCGAUAUUACCGGCUGGAGCAAUAUCACAAAAGCGAAUGCCGGUAUCAUUGAAGGAGUUGUUGGACAAGCGACAUCCUUCCUCUGUGCAUACAUUGGAACUUGGUAUUCGUUUCAAACUUGCACAGAAACUAGUGGAUGCCGUGCAUAUGAUGCAUUGCGUGGGAUGGGUCCAUAAAAACAUUCGUUCCAACUCUAUUCUUUUCUUCCCCGCGCCCAACAAACCUUCCAGUGGACCUCCCGGGCCUGCCUCAGGCUACCCACAACCACUUGGUUUCGACGAACCACUUUUCGUCGGCUUGGGAAGCGCUCGUGUGGACGAUGAGAUUCAAGAUUCGGGGGAUCAUUAUCCACCACCCGUCUCUAACUUUAGCGGUAUGGUAAAGUACGAUGACCGGGUAACCAGGCGGCAGAAGGACAUCAAUCUCGACUACUACCAACACCCAGACAAAAGAUGGGAUCCUUCAAUACGGUACGCACGAUCACACGACAUAUACAGUUUAGGUUGCGUGCUCUUGGAAAUUGGUUUGUGGAAACCACUGGACAAAUUAGUUGACAUUAAUGACGAGGAGUUUGAGAGAACAAAAAGAAAUUUCCAAGGACUGACUAUGAGGUUAGAUGGUAUGACUGGCUCAAUAUACGGCAAUGUAGUGCGAAAGUGUUUGGCAAUAAGUACUCGGGAGCGGACCGAGUCCGAAUCCAGGGAGCUGUCAAAUUUCUGCUCUGAAAUUGCUGCUAGCCUGAACAAGUGCUAUGCUUGA